AUGGUGGCAGUGGCUCGCAUCAUGAAUGCCACACUUGUGGUGCCGGAGCUGGACCACACCUCCUUCUGGUCCGACCCCAGCGAGUUUGAGGAUAUAUUCGACCUCGACCACUUCGUGGCGACGCUCAAGGACGACAUCCGCGUGGUCAGGGAGCUGCCCCGCAGAGUGGCCCACCGCCGCGUGCUCGAAAAGUUCCCCAUCUCCUGGUCGCCGUUCUCCUACUACCGAGAGGACCUUCUCCUGCGCCUCAAGAAGCACCGGGUGAUGCGGUUCCCCCUGACGGACUCGCGGCUGGCCAACAACGGCAUGCCCGAGUCCAUCCAGCGGCUGCGUUGCCGGGCCAACUACCGCGCCCUGCGCUACACCAACACCAUCUCCCGCGUUGCUGAGAACCUGGUGGCCCGUAUGCGCAAGCUCGGGCCCUACAUCGCCCUGCACCUGAGAUAUGAGAAGGACAUGCUGGCAUUCACAGGGUGCGACCACGGGCUGAGCCGGUGGGAGAGUGGGGAGCUGAGGGCGAUGCGGCUGAACAACUCGCGGUGGAAGGAGAAGGACAUCGACGGGGAGGCGCGGCGCAAGGAGGGCGCGUGCCCCCUCACGCCCAAGGAGACCGCUCUGUUCCUGCAUGCCAUGGGGUUUCCUAAGAAGACGUUGAUUUACAUUGCUGCUGGGGACAUCUACGGCUCUAAAGGCCUCACGGAGCUAAAGAGGUACUACCCCAACACGUUCACACACUCAACUCUAGCCACCCCAGAGGAGCUGGCGGCGCUGGGGGGGUAUCAGAACAGGCUGGCAGCAGUGGACUACACAGUGGCUGUUGAGAGUGACGUGUUUGCGUACACAUAUGAGGGCAACAUGGCCCGCGCCGUGCAGGGGCACCGGCGGUUUGAAGGGCACAGGAAGACAAUCAUCCCCGACAGGGAGGCGGUGGUUCGGCUGCUAGACCAGUUCAAGGCGGGCGAGAUGAGCUGGAACGUGGUGCGCAAGGAAAUACGGAAGCAGCACAAGGGGCGCCUGGGCGGCCCGCACCAGCGGGAGGCUGGGGAGAACCCGAAGCUGGAGGAGAACUUCUAUGCGAACCCCAUGCCGGGGUGUAUGUGCGAGGUGGAGAGGCAACCAGGCAAGGCGGUCAAGGCGUGCCGGAUGGAGGGCGGGCAGAGGAAGUGCAGGGAUGUGCCCCAGGAGGAGGAGGCGUACAUUUAG